AAAUUAAAUGUUUUUAUUUUCCUUUUUUCUAAUAUUUUAUUCCAUUUUCCACUUCAUAUUUUUUGGCAAUCAAGAAGAUCAAAUUAACAGAAAAAUAAGGAAAAUGAGAGGAGUGGUAGGCAUUUUCCAUGGAGGUUCUACGCUCACUCCUACCAUCACUGCUCCACGGCUGUGCUCCUUUCAAUCUUCUCUUCCUCAAAUUCGAUGUUUUUCAUCUUCUGGACAUAUAUCAUUCGUAAAGGAUGUUGCUUGCACCCAACCUCCUGAGCAUCUACAUCAUCUGUUGAAUGUGCUACAAACAAAAGGUGAAACAAUCGUUUCUCCUGGAGCUAGGCAGGGCUUGCUUCCCCUUGUUAUCCCGCUAUCUGAAAAUUUAUCAGGUAAUGUAACUGCCUUGCUUCGCUGGCCAACAGCUCCACCAGGGAUGGAGAUGCCUGUUGUGGAAGUUACCAAACAUGGGGUGUGGCUUAUGGCGAAGAAUGUGGAUCAAUAUAUUCACAGAGUUCUUGUUGAGGAAGAUGCACUAAGCAAGGAUGAUAAGGAAAACAUGAUUUUUGAUGCUUCAUCUGAGGCUGGCAAAAAACUUUAUAAGAAGGGUGACUUUGCUGAUUCUCAGACUCCUAACCUUGAUACAUAUCUUCUGAAAAAGGUGGGUUUGUUUCCAGAUAUUCUUGAGAGAAAAGUGACCCGACAUUUUGAUGAUGGUGAUCAAGUUUCAGCAUUGAUUACCGGAGAAUUUUAUACGAAGAAAGACCUUUUUCCUGGGUUUGCACGGCCAUUUGUCUUCUAUGCAAAAAUCCUGCUCAAGGUUGGGCGUGUUUCAGAAGCGAAAGAUGCAGCAAGAGUAGCACUAAAAUCACCAUGGUGGACUUUAGGUUGUCCGUACCAGGAAGUUGCUGAUUUGGCACAAUGGGAGGAUGAACAAAUUGAAUACAUCAAGGAAAAAGUGACUGAUGAGGGCCGGCAAGAAGAUUUGAAGAAAGGAAAAGAUCCUCUCCAGGUUGCUCUAGAUGAAGCUGCUUUUUUGUUGGAUUUGGCUUCCAUUGAAGGAUCUUGGGAUGAUUGUCUGGAGCGAGUCGCUGAAUGCUACAAGGAAGCAGGACUGGAUGAUAUUGCUAGAUUUGUUUUAUACAGAGAAUAAGUAGAAAAGAGGUGAUACUCCAUUUUUCAGUUUUGAUCGCCUCUGAAUUUUAUAUCAAGUAUUCAAACAUCCUAACUAUUGUUUCUUGCUUUUACCUUGUAUACACAAUUAAGAAAUUCUUAGUUGUAAGAGAGAAACUCUUAAAUAGAAUCAUGCAAAUGAGAUAAAAGUACUACUACGAUCAGCAUGAUGGAGAUUUUGGCAUUA